GCCGACACAUCACGUACCGCAAAACGAGAUGGCGGGAAAAGGCGACAUAUCCCUCGGGCACCAGCACUCCCUCGCAUCCACGCGAGGCACAACCUCACAACAUGCCGAAAAGCACCACCAUGCAGCAAACAACCCCACGGCAACGCGAACUUACACUUCUGCAUAGACUGGGCAUCGGAUGAGCAGAUGAAAAGACCCGGACUGCCGGCGGCUAGCUCCGGUGAUGACGCCGAUAAAGAAGACCCUGCAGAACCCACUCAACCUGGCGGACAUUUGCAAAAAGAUGCUAGACCCUUUUUAUGUUUAAAGCACAUCUUGCAGUUCCUCACCUUACUGUUGGGACGUCUCAUCUUCCCACAUAUCAUUGGCGUGUCUAACGACAUUAUUACUCAAGCGAUGAUAUGUUAUCAGCCAUACAAAUAG